UCAAUCGUUAUCAAUUUUUAUCAAUGUCUUAUCAGUUCUAUAUAAAUUUAUCGAAUGUGAUAACAAAUUGCGAUUUCAUUGUAUAGUUUUGUUUAAUUUGUAUUUUAAAAAAAAAAAUUGUGAUAGUAAUUUUAAAAAAAAAGUACGGAAGUGACGUAAAAAGUGUAAAUUUUGAAAUAGGAUUUUUUGAUGCCGUUUUUGUUUUGUGGUUUUGUGUUUAACUCGUCAGACGACGAGACACGUGAGAUGCCGGUAGCGUCAAACAACUACUGGCUUCCGGAGUCUGCUAAAAUAAUAAAUCUUCACGCAAACUCAGCUACUGGAUGGAUGUCACCGUACAGUAGAGUUCAAGGGGCAGUUGAGCAUACUCGUGAUACUGCGGGUAGUGAAGGUGGUUGUGAAGGUACUCAGGGAGGUUUAAACAGUUGCUUUGAACAGCAACAGUAUCGCGGUGAUGUGAAUAAAGUGGAAUUGGAGGAGACGGAAACCGCCAACGUACCGGUUAAUAAAACAAAUAAUAUUAAUAAUAAUAAUAGUCACAAUAAUAGUGGGAGUAUCGGCAAUAAUAAUAAUAAUAAUAAUAAUAAUAAUAAUAAUAAUAGUCAUAAUAUUAAUAAUAAUAACAACAUAAAUAGUAACAAUAAUAUUGUUAAUAGUAGUGAUAAACACAGUAACCGACGUUAUAUUGGUGGCAAUAGUCAUAGUGGUAGUGGUGUUGUUAUAUUGGAGGGAUGUAGGCCGAGUACAACUACCGCGAGAAGAUUUUUGAGGUGGUUUGGACGAAUUGGACAACCUGUUAUGGAAAAAUCAGGGGUAUUGGAGAUGGCCGCGACAGAAAGUACGAUACGUUUCAGUGGUCACACAUUAGAUAAAGCUACAAAGGCAAAGGUGACAUUAGAGAACUACUACAGCAAUUUAAUAGCCCAGCAUAUUGAACGAAAGCAGAGGCUAGCAAAGCUCGAGGAAUCGUUGAAAGAUGAGGGCUUAUCUGAACAACAAAAGCAAGAGAAAAGGCUUCAACAUGCGCAAAAAGAAACCGAGUUUCUUCGCUUGAAGCGAUCUCGACUCGGUGUCGAAGACUUUGAGCCACUCAAGGUUAUCGGUCGUGGAGCCUUUGGCGAGGUGAGAUUGGUACAAAAAAAAGAUACUGGUCAUGUCUACGCAAUGAAAAUAUUAAGAAAAGCGGAUAUGCUCGAAAAAGAACAAGUUGCCCACGUAAGAGCCGAAAGAGACGUACUCGUUGAAGCAGAUCAUCAAUGGGUUGUUAAAAUGUAUUACAGUUUUCAAGAUCCUAUUAAUUUAUAUUUAAUUAUGGAGUUUUUACCUGGAGGCGACAUGAUGACGCUUCUAAUGAAGAAAGAUACACUUUCAGAGGAGUGCACUCAAUUUUAUAUAUCCGAGACGGCGUUAGCUAUUGAUUCUAUUCACAAAUUAGGUUUUAUACAUAGAGAUAUUAAACCAGACAACCUGUUGCUCGACGCACGGGGUCAUAUUAAAUUAUCGGAUUUUGGCCUAUGUACGGGACUUAAAAAGUCGCACAGAACUGAUUUUUAUAGAGAUCUCAGUCAAGCUAAACCCUCUGACUUCAUGACGUCAUGUGGCAGCGGAAGUGGCGGUGCAAUGGAUAGUAAAAGACGAGCUGAAAGUUGGAAAAGAAAUAGACGAGCACUGGCCUACAGUACAGUUGGGACACCAGAUUAUAUUGCUCCAGAAGUCUUCCUUCAGACUGGGUAUGGACCAGCUUGUGAUUGUUGGUCACUUGGUGUUAUUAUGUAUGAAAUGUUAAUAGGUUAUCCUCCAUUCUGCAGUGAAAAUCCACAAGAAACAUAUAGAAAAGUUAUGAAUUGGCGUGAAACAUUAAUAUUUCCACCGGAAGUGCCGAUUAGCGAAGAGGCCAAAGAUACUAUUAUUAAAUUCUGUUGCGAAGCUGACAGAAGAUUAGGAUCUCAAAGAGGUAUUGAAGAACUGAAAUUAGCUCCAUUCUUCCGUGGUGUUGAUUGGGAGCACAUACGGGAACGACCUGCUGCGAUACCAGUUGAAGUUCAAUCAAUAGAUGACACAUCUAAUUUCGAUGAUUUCCCCGACGUUAAACUUGAAAUACCUUCAGCACCACUGCCCCAGGACGGAGAGGUGAUAUACAAAGACUGGGUCUUCAUAAAUUACACAUUCAAACGUUUCGAAGGCCUCACACAACGUGGCACGCCAACGAAGAAAUAGCAAUCCUACAAUUCUGCUUCAAUGAUAAUAAAUCAGCAAUCAGACCCAUUAAAUCCGGCCCAAGUUCAUCAGCAACCACCGACACUGUCUACAGCCUCAUCAACAAAUCAAUCGUUGCAAGACGGUUCUUGAUUUUAUUUUUAUCAUCAAUAAUAAAUAAUAAGUGUGUUUAAAGUUGCUUACAAUUACAAUAUAUUUAAAUUAUUACUAUAAAUAAUUAAUCUUCAAGAUUAACAAAAUUUUAGGCCUGGAAUGCUGAUUUUAGACGAUACGAUUACAGCUCUCUUCCCAACUCUCUACUACUAAAUGAGUAUGUGUUACUCGAUCUUUAAAUUAACCUACGACAAUUAAAUCAUUGUAUUCUAUUUUCACUCGAUAAUAUUCUAUUUUAAUUAAUAAUUAAUUAUUCAAUUUUUUUAUGAGUGUAAAUGAAGCAGACAUCAGACAAUUAUAAAAUAAUAAAUAAGUAGAGUAAAUAAUUAAAAAAAAAAUAUUUUAAAAAAAUGCACUCAUUAAUUUGAAAAUUUUUUAAAUGCGCAUUUUUUAAAAAUUUUAUUUUAUUAAUUAUUUACUCUAUUUAUUUAUAAUUAAGGCCAGGAUUUUUUCCUUAAUUUAAAAAUGUAACGAUUAAUAAUUGAUGAUGUCAAACUUUUGAUAUUACGGCGAAAAUAUUGGUCGUAAAGAAAAGUUUUUCAAGUAAAAGUUGUUCAAAAUUUAAUUUUCUAAAAAAAGUGUCUCUUAUAAUUUUUCCUUAGGAUUAAUAAGGAAGCCGUAAUUUCAAAAUUAAGAUUUUCAUAAUUAACAAAAAUUUGAAUCAUUCAUUAUGAAUUUUAAUUUCGGAAUUACAGUGAAAAUAUUGGUUGUAUAGAAAAAUUUUUCGAGUAAAAGUUGUUCAAAAUUCAAUUUUCUAAAGAAAAUGCCUCUUAUAAUUUUUCCUUAGGAUUAAUACCGAAGCCGUAAUUUCAAAAUUAAGAUUUUCAUAAUUAACAAAAAUUUGAAUCAUUCAUUAUGAAUCUUAAUUUUAGAAUUACGGUGAAAAUAUUGGUCGUAUAAGAAAAUCAUAAUAGACAUUUUUUUAGAAAAUUAAAUUUCCUACAACUUUUGUUUAAAAAAUUUUUUUCUAAGACGAAUAUUUUCGCCGGAAUAUUAAAUAUUUGAACCAUUCAUUUCAACAUUAAGGCGAAAGUCUUGUCCCUAUUUAUAAUUUUAAAUUUGACGUCUGCUACUCAUAAUCAAUUUUUUUUUAUCAUUUUUUGUUACUAGUAAAAUUUUUUUCUAACGGAAUUUAAAUAUCAUGUGAUAAUUGGCUGACGCUAGAUAAUUUUUAUAUCAUUUUUUAAUUUUUAUUUAUUAAACCUCACUAUUUAUAUACAUUUUUUUUUUUAUUUUAGAUUUAUUAGUUUGCCAUUUACGUAACGAUAUUUUACUGUAUUGUAUUAGAUGAUUAUUAUUUUUUUUGUACAGUGACUUUAAUUACACGAUUAAAUUAAUUACAAGUUAUUUAAUUUAUUUAAAUGAUAUUGGGAAAAUUAAUAAUUGAAAUAGAAUAUAAUUAUUGUGAUUUUAUUAUUUUAUAUUUUUUUUUAACGCUCAAAAUUUCCAAUUCUGCCUCGCGAGCGUUUUAACGUGCCUCGUUAUAUGCCAAGUUUGAAAAAUUUAAAUAAUUAAUAGUCACGAUGCGGAAAAAAAAUAUUUUUAUUUAUUUAUUUAUGGUCAUUAUAAUUUUCUUUUUCUUCUUAUAAAAAUCAAUCUAUUAAAAGUAUAAAUAUUUUUUAAAAAUUUCUGUUACUUUUAAUUACAAAAAAAAAGUUUUUUCAAAAAUUCUAAACUUCGCAAAAAAAAAAUUACUAAAAAGUUCGCAGUGAAAUUUUUAAACUUGAGACAGAUUUUAACUUUGAGUAAAACUUUUGUAAUUUUGAUAGAAAAAAAAAAAGUAUCUAGGAUUUUAUAUGAGCAAAUUUAAAAAAAAAAAAAGAACUUGUUUUAAUACAUUUUACCCUGGCUCCGAAAAAGUUAAAGUACAUGAUCCUGAAGUUAACCGACGUCUAAUAAUUUUUGGAUUUUUUUCAAAACGAUAAAUUAUGAAAAAAAAAAUAUUUAAAAAAAUUGCACUUAUAGUUUUUUUAAUUUUCUACAUGUGUAUAUUUUUAGUUUUUUUUUCUUCAAAUUUAAUUGUUCAAAAAAAAACUCCAAAAACUUUUAGUUGCCUGCUAACUUCAAGAUAAUUAAAAAACCUCAAAUUUUGAAUUUUUUAUUAACGGGUUUUGAUUCUUAUGAAGCUAUUGGCUUUUAAUGGGAAUUUUUUCUGAACGAGGUUAAGAUUAAGAAAAAUGGGGCAUAAUUUUAUUUUCAUUGCCACUCGUUUUGUAGAAUAAGUCUACAAUAUGAAUAGCAAAAAAAAAUUUAUACACUUGUGGUUUUAAACUUGAUGACGAAAGCCAAAUUUUUCUUUUAAUUUUUAGCUUCGAAAUAAGUUUUCAAAAAAAUUGGUUAUAAAAAAAAAUUAUACGCCCUUAUGACUUCACAUACAAAUAUAUAUAUAAAGUCCUAGAUAAACGUUUUUUUAUUACUAUAAAAAUUACAAAAGUUCAAAAAAAAUUCUAAUCUGUCUCAAAUUUAGAAUUCUACUUAUCGAACUUUUUUUGAAUUUAUUUUUAUGAAAAUUUAUGACAUAAAUAGUAAUAUAUAUGACUUAUUAUAUUACGUAGUCAUAUAUUUAAAAAAAAAAAGUAAAAUAAAUUUUUUCCGUACGUGGGUGGGGGAAUGGCAACACAAAUUUAAAAUAAAAUUGCAAAUAAAUAUAUACUAAUAAAUAAAUAAAUAAAUGAAAAAAAAUAUAUAUAUUCAAAUAAAAAUAUAAAAAUUAGUUUCAUACAAUUUUGCCAGCAUUUACUUAAAAUAUCAAUAAAAUACAAAAUAUAAAUAUUCGUAUCGCGUAAAAUUUUUCAGAAUAUAGUUUCGUAAUGAGUAAACAACUGACUAGAUUAAUAAAUAAUAAUUAUAUAACAAAAAAAAAAAAAGUUGAAUUUCAAACAGAGUAAAGUUCUGCAGUUAAAGUAAAUAAAGUUAUAAAAUAAACUAUUUUCUGCAUUAAAAAUAAUAAUAAUUAUAAAUAAAAAUGCAUACGACAGCGUAGAUUGUAGGGUAAAAAAAAAAUUUUGUUAGUAUCCCGCUAUCGUAUUACAAAAUAAAACUAAUAAUAAAUAAAAUAAUCGUUUUAACGUCCAUGUACUGAUUAUAGAUUUAAAAUAAUUAUUAGAUUAAAUAAAAAUAGUAAGAUGAUAAAGAGAGAAUAAAUUAUUUCAUCGCAAUUUAUUUAUCUAUUCAGAGAAUAAAUCUAGAUAAAAAAAAAGUAAAUAAAUAAAUUAACCACAAUAGUCACGAGAUGCCUUUGCCGCGUAAAUUUUCAUAAAUAAAUUGCAGUGCAGUAAAGGAUUUUUUUUUUAAUUCAGUGGAAUUUAAUGUCUGAAAUUUUAUGAUUUCAAAUUUUUAGAAUAUUUUAUUUCAUGUAAAAUUUUCUUUUUAUUUCGUUAAAUUUUUUAUGAUAGACACGUAGUUUUUUUGGGGAAAAAAAAAUUCAAAAUUUAUCAAUUUCAUUUUUUUUUUAUGACGGAUUUGUAUCAGUUGAUAUUUUUAUGGAAAUGGGAAAACUUAAAUUAUUAUGAGUAUUUUGUUAGAUAAAUUUUGGGGGUGUGCGAAUAGUUUGAAUAUACGAAUUAUUUGUAUCGAAUCGAAUCGAAUAAUUCAAAAUUUUUCAAAUGUUUGAAACUUCGAAUUAUUCGUAAAUUCUCUGGGAAUAAUUCCAAAAUUUUCUUUAGAACGACUUAAAAUUGUAAAAGUUUCUCGAAUUAUUCGAAAACUUAUAAAUAAUUCAAAUAUGACGAGAAGAUUCAAAUUAUUCGAAAAGAUUCGUAUGAUUCGAAAUGUCAAAUUAUUCAAAAACUUAUGAAUUAUUAAAAAAGAUUCGAAUAUUACGAGAAGGUUCGAAUUAUUCGAAGUGUCAAAUUAUUCGAAGUGUCAAAUUAUCUGAAAACUUACGAAUUAUACGAGAAGUUUUGAAUUAUUAAAAACUCGAAUAAUUUGAAAAGAUUCGAAUUAUUCGAAGGGUCAAAUUAUCUGAAAACUUUCGAAUUAUACAAGAAGUUUUGAAUCAUUGAAAACUCACGAAUAAUUUGAAAAGAUUCAAAUACUACGAGAAAAUUCGAAUUAUUUAAAAAGUGUCAAAUUAUUCGAAGUGUCAAAUUAUCUGAAAACUUACGAAUUAUACGAGAAGUUUUCAAUUAUUGAAAACUCUCGAAUAAUUUUAAAAGAUUUGAAUACUAUGAGAAAAUUCUAAUUAUUCGAAAACUGUCAAAUUAUUCGAAGUGUCAAAUUAUCUGAAAACUUACGAAUUAUACGAGAAGUUUUGAAUUAUUGAACACCUCGAAUAAUUUGAAAAGAUUCGAAUACUACAAAAAAAUUCUAAUUAUUCAAAAGGUAUCAAAUUAUUCAAAGUGUCAAAUUUUUUUGAAGUGUCAAAUAAUCCGAAAACUUACGAAUAAUUUAAAAAUUAUCGAAUAUUUCAGAAAUUCGAUUCCAAAUUCGAAUCAAAUAUCACUAUUCGAUUCGAACCUGAUUCGCACACUUAGUAAAUAACGCAAUUUAUUUUUACAUAAAUUAAUUUGUUUUUCACCCGAAAAAAAAAAAUUCUCUAUAUUUACUAUCCGAUUUUUUUUUUUCAAAAAAACUAAGUGUCGUUCGAAGUGAACAAUUAUCUGCAUAAAUAUACUCGCCGAAUAAAAAUUAAUUGCGGCACGAGUGACACAACAAUAAAUAAUUAAGUCACCCAAUAAAAAAUAUCCAUUGAAUAAAAAAAAAAAAAAA